AUGAUAGUUCCGCACCAUCCUAAUGAUGCGAUGCGAGAAAUUCAGGAGGCUCAGAAGGAGCAAAGGGCGGUGCUGGACAUGCUUACGAAGCAACUGUCUCAAGUUGCAAUGUCGCUGGGAGAGCUGAGAGGGAACGAAGGAAAAAUCCCUGCUACUGUGCAGCAACCUGGGCGUGAAAGCAUAAGUGAAGUCUCCCUGAGGUCAGGGAAGGUGUACCAGAGCCUCAGCCCACCUGCAGUGUCCUCAGCGUCUAUACCUGGACCAAGCCACCAAGAAGAAGGAGAGUCCAGUGGAGCUGAUCAAGCCAAAGGAAGAGAUAAAGGGAAAGCGAAAGUGGGCAGUGAGACCACAAGAGAGAGUCAAGGAGAAGAAGCCGAGAAGGUCAAGCCAUAUCCAUACCGUGGAAUGGUGACCAAGAAGAGAGACGCCACGAUCGAUGUGGCCAGCAUGUUCAAAGAUGUGGAAGUCAAGGUGCUACUCUUGACGGCAUUAAAGAUGCCCCCGAUCAGUAAAUUCAUCAAGGACUACCUGGCGGGGAAGGUCAAUGAAGACGGGAGAAUGAUUACAGAAGAAAAUGUCUCUGCAGUGAUCCAGCGGAGCUACCUCCCAUCAAAGAAAACCGAUCCAGGAAUGUUCACACUCCCGAUUUCUAUUGGAGAUAUCCAAGUGGAGCACGCCAUGUGCGAUUUAGGGGCAUCCAUCAACGUUCUGCCGUAUGCUAUUUAUAAGAAGCUGGGAGAGGCCAAGCUCGUCGAUACUGAUAUCAUGAUACAGCUAGCCGACACAUCUUGCAUUCACCCGGAGGGAAUUCUGGAAGAUGUAAUCGUGAAGGUGAAUGAUUUUCUAUACCCAACAGACUUUUUCGUCAUCAAAACGACAGAGCCAGCAACAAGGGAGUCAAGUGGAGUUCUACUGGGAAUGUCGUUCCUGUCUACGGCCAGCACCAUAAUCGACGUUCGUAAUGGGACGAUCAGCUUGGAUUUCAAUAGAGAGCAGUUCACGUUCAAUAUUGAUGAAGCUAUAAAGAGGCUAGCGACAGCGAGAACGUGUACUCAGUAG